AUGGCGUCGCAGUAUAUCAACUACAUAAAGUCUAGAGCGCGCAACUCAAAGGCCUUAAAGGCUAAAGAGCCUGUUCUGACGACGGAAGAUGAGGAAUUCUUACACCGCGUGGCCUCACCCAAAGAGGAGGGACGAGAUGCACAAAUCGUUCUCAUGGAAGGUGCACAGAAUAUCCCCCUGCCACAGUCACCUACGAAAGAGACUUCUACCAGGGAGUUGGUGGACAAUGAUGGGAUGGGUAGGAGUAUGAGCAAGUCGUCGAAGGGGAAGAAGGGGGAUGAGAAUGUUGGAAGUCCUAAGGGGAAAAGGAAGGGUCCGUGGAACUGGUUUACGCAUGGGGCGGAUAGGAGGAAGAAGGAAAAUGCCGCCGCAGGGCUAUCCCAUAUCGCCGAAAACCUCAAAACACCCGGUACAGAGGAGGUGAAGGAAGAAGAGGAUCUAACCAUGAUGCUCGAAAAACUAAACCUGGCCGCAGUCAACAAUCGCGUUUUCUCAAUCAGUGAUGAGAUACAAGAUCUUCUCAAGAGAUUCAACCUGAUCCUCAAAGAUCUGGUCAAUGGCGUUCCCACAGCAUACAACGAUCUAGAAUCACUCCUCACGAACGGAGAUAGACAAUUACAGAAGACUUUCAAUCACCUCCCAGGCUUCCUUCAGAAGCUCAUCGAGCAGCUGCCGGAUAAAGUGACUGAGAAAUUCGGCCCGGAGUUCCUGGCAAUGGCUGCGGAGAGAGCGGGGAAGAGCGGGAUUAGUAUGGAUGAAGCGGCGAAGAAGGCGAAGAAGGUGGGACUGAAGGUUCCUAGUUUGAAAGAGCUGGUGGGAAAACCCGCAGCAAUUGCGGGCCUGUUGCGGUCUAUUGUUAGCUUCCUGCAAGCGCGGUUUCCAGCGCUUAUGGGUAUGAAUGUUUUGAUGUCGCUUGCGUUGUUCAUUCUCCUCUUCGUCCUCUGGUACUGCUAUAAACGUGGACGUGAAGUGCGUCUAGAGAAUGACAAGCUCAAUGCAGGGGGCCAAGAUGCUACGAUCACAAAUAAACCCGAUGAAAAUGAUAACAACAACAACACAUCGGAGAUGCAGACCACGAAUCUUGCACCCAAUAAUCGCACAUCAAUCCAAAUUGAGCCAGCAAAGAAGGGAGGAGAUGAAGAGGAAGUCGAGGCUGGAGUGAGGGAUGCGCGGGACGAUGCAGGUGUAGCUGUCUUACCGUCCGCACCCACACUCGUACCCGUACCGACGAUGACAACUACGACCACUUGCAAGCACUGA